GGCAGGAGCCGUGAGGGAGCCGCGGCCGCCGCUGCCCGCCCCGCCCGCUCCGCCGCCAUCGCGGCCCGGCCGCCGCUCCCCGCCUGCCUCUCUCCCCACCUCCCUCCCUCCCUCCCUCCUUCCCUCCCUCGGCAGCGGGCAGGAGGGGCCGCCCGGGGCCUGGCGGCCACGGAGAGAUGAGCAGCAGCAGCAAUAAGAGAGCCCCAACCACGGCGACGCAGAGGCUGAAGCAGGAUUACCUGAGGAUCAAAAAGGAUCCAGUGCCUUACAUCUGUGCAGAGCCCCUGCCCUCCAACAUCCUGGAAUGGCACUACGUGGUGCGAGGGCCGGAGCUGACCCCCUAUGAAGGUGGCUACUACCACGGAAAAUUAAUUUUCCCUCGAGAGUUCCCUUUCAAACCCCCCAGUAUUUAUAUGAUCACCCCCAAUGGAAGGUUCAAGUGCAACACGAGGCUUUGUCUGUCCAUCACGGAUUUCCACCCGGACACCUGGAACCCGGCGUGGUCGGUGUCCACCAUCCUGACAGGGCUGCUGAGCUUCAUGGUGGAGAAAGGGCCCACCCUGGGCAGCAUUGAGACCUCCGAGUUCACUAAAAGGCAGUUGGCUGCACAAAGCUUAGCAUUUAAUUUAAAAGAUAAAGUCUUCUGUGAGCUCUUCCCUGAAGUGGUGGAGGAGAUGAAGCAGAAGCAGAAAUCCCAAGAGGAGCUGAGCUCCAGACCCCCCUCUCUGCCUCUCCCCGACGUGGUUCCGGACGGGGACGCUCACCUGGGGCACCACGGGCACCCCCUGCUCCACGGGCACGGGGGGGUGGCCCCGGGGCACCUCGGGGGGCUGCAGCAGCCCCCCAGGAACCACGGACUCUUGGGGGGAGCCCUGGCGAACUUGUUUGUCAUCGUGGGCUUCGCCGCCUUCGCCUACACAGUCAAGUACGUGCUGAGGAGCAUAGCCCAGGAGUGAGGGAGGCAUCUGGGGGGGCUUGGGGAGGGUCGAGGUGACCCAAGGAGUUUGUUGGAGGGGUCUUGGUUUGUGGAGUUGGGCUCCAGCUGUGCUUUGGAAAUUGGAAAUGGUCAGUAAAGUUUGGAUUCUCUUGA